AUGCUGAAAAGCUGUGGAAAUACUUCAGUGGCCGUUUCCUUAGGAAUUUCCCUUCUUUUACUGUUGGUGAUCUGUGGAAUUGGGUGUGUUUGGCACUGGAAACAGCGUAAUACAGUGCAAUUUACCUUACCAAAGUUUUUGCAAAGGAGAAAAAGGAGAAAAGACUAUACUAAAAGAGUCUCCUUGAGCCCCCAGGUUAUCGGCCCAAGACAUAAAAUCUCAGUUCAAACCCAAGACCACAGCUCUGCUGGGAAGGACACUAACAUACAUGACAACUAUGAAAAUGUGAAAGCGUGUCCUCCCCAAGCUAAAGAAGAAACAGACAACGGAAUAUAUGAAAACACUUGGCAGACCAAUUUCGAGGAACAUAUCUAUGGAAAUGAGACACUAUGUGACCAUUAUAAGUUGAAGAAGCCUAGUGCUUCUGAAGAAGCUCAAGGCGAAGACAUAUAUAUUCUUCCGGAUUCAUAUUAACUUUUCAAA